GAAAUGGUAAAUAUCCACUGUAAAGAAAUGUUCAACAAAGUCAGCCAACGUAGUUAUUAAUAUAAAUAACAUUUGUUGCGCGAGCAAUGCUACCACAAUGGAUAAUAAAGAGAGUUCAAUUUGGCGUGCGAUUAACUGCUCUGUUUGGGUAUAUCUGUGCAGCCAUGAACCACUACGGAACCAUAUCAGUAGUAGGGCCAGCGUUUGUGAACAGGGAAGUAACACUGAAAGCGACACCCUUCUACCCUUGGGGGUGUGACAUAGAAUGGAAAUUCAUAAUAGAAGGCGGCACACAAUUUCAAACAAUGGAUGGGCCAAAGGUUAUCAGAUAUUCGGAGAAUGGGUCCUUCUUUUUGAAAUGGAAAGCUUCUAUUGAAUAUAACAGAUCUUAUUUUUACGCCGGAUGUUCAAAGAACCCAUCCAUACGAUCACGCUUAUUAUCUUUAAAUGUGAAAGAAAUUCUUGGCGAAUGUGGAGCCCUGGUGAUACUAAGCCCGGUUGUUCGCGGCGCAGACGUAAAACUUGGAUAUUUUCCGUCUGACUAUUCUAUACAGAAAACACGAAAAUGGAAGACAAAUAUCCAGGACAUAGAGCUACGAGAACAUUCUUACGAAGAGGAAAUAGUUUCUGAAUAUUUGUACGUACUGACUAUAUUUAACUUUGAAGACAGAGAUGAAGGAACGUAUCUUUUAUGUUGCAAUUCAGAAGGACACACGGAUUCUGUGCAGCUUCAUAUUCAAGAACCACCAAGUUACCCAGUCCUCGGUCCAAAGGCCGUUGACUUUAAAACAACAGAAUGUAUUUAUGUUUAUGGAGAUUCCGACAUAUAUUGCCAGACUGAAAAUGGAACAGAACCUGUACAAGUGGCACUUUUACUGGGACAGGAUUCAUUUUUUCUUGCUGAUAGCGAACAAAACAAUGGGUUUUACCUAUUCAGAAACGUUCAUCAACAAAUGGCUGGACUGUCUCGACGGAAUGUAACAUGUCAGGUUUCAAAUGCAGCCAUUGAAAAACCAUUCGAAGUACACGGCAUUGUAUGUAACGUUGAGAAAGGUAGCCUACCCGUUCUAACAGUUGAAUUUUUUGAUGGUGAAAGCUCGACAAUAAUCUGUGAAGUGCGCAAUGCUAUCCCAGCUCCGGCAAUAGUUAUACAUAUCGGCAAUGUUUUGCUAUCUGAUGUUCAACAAACUGAUUUAUUUAAUGGAUCUUCUCAUACUUAUACAAGCACAGCUAAGGUGACAACGACUAACAAACUGUGGAAUGGAAAAGAAGUGUGUUGCACCAGGAAAGCUAUUGACAUGGGAAUAGCAGAUCAUUCCAUAUGCAAAAACAUCAAAUGUGGUCCGACUCUGUAUUUGAACACGACAUCACCUGUUGAUUUAUAUCCGAAUAUUACAGUGAUCGUCAAAUGCCUUGUUGCCUGCAAUACUAUAGGGAAAUGGACACUUCGAUGGGAAGAAGAAAAUAACACUGAAAUAAAGACUUGCACAAACACAGAGGAAUGCCUAUUAACACUGAAUUAUACGGGAGAGAGCGAAAAGACAUAUAUUUGCAGGGCAUGGAAAUCGGUGGAGCUUCUGAGUAUUUCAUUGACAGUUUUAAACACAUUGCCAGAGGAAGCAACCACCAACCCUGCACUAGUUGUUUCCCCAAAAUGGCAUAUACCGGUCCUUUACGCCGUAUCGGGAACAGUUAUAGGUGUACUUGCAACAACGUUCACCGUGCUUCUAUAUAGGCGAUGCAAACGUCAUGUUUAUGAAGCGCUUAUACGCCUAAGGAGACCUACAGCAAGAGAGCGAAGUAUACAUGUGUAUGAUGAUGUUCAGUCUAAUAUAGAGACUACUGCUCUGCACAAUCUGACAAGAUUGUCUGCAAGUGAAACCGGGAACAAACAUGAGUCACCCCUUUUGGAUAUAGAAGGAAACAUAGGAAAUGUAAACCCUUACGACUAUGUGGAUACCCAACCCGGCCUAAGUGAUCGUCGGACAAACGCACCGGAAGCAAAUUAUAUUCAUGCUAUAUAACCGAUUUAGUUACUGAUCAAAAUAUUUACGAUGUAGAUGGAUUUGUGCCGUUUGGAAAUCAUAUAAUCAUUAUGAUUUCUCUGACGGGUUCAAGGCAGUAACUUGAACGUUUAUUUUUAAAACAUGUAUUAGUAUUGUAAUUAAGUGUGUGUGUUUUUAUUAUGUAUUUCUUAGUUGUAAUACAUUGACCUAUUUUAUAUUAGAUAACAAUUAAAAGGUGCAUUUAAAUCAUUUAUAAAGUAUUCGCCAUUUCAGAAUCGCAGGGUAUUGUUUGUUCUUUAGUUAUCAACCCAAUUAUAUGAAAUGUUAACCUGUCAGUUGUAUAUAUAGUGUUUACCGAAAACACAUUUUAGCUUUCUACUCCAGGCGCUCAAAUUUGGGCCGAAUUCCUCAAUGCUUUUGGCUUAAUGUGUUUUAUAGAGUGCAUUGGUCUCCAGUCUGGUUGAAUCGUACCUACAACGAGUAACCACUAUUACUCCGUCUGUAUGCAUAUUCAUUCAAUUCAAUUGUUCGUAGCUGGCCGCUAAUUACUAAAAGGUUGUAAUAAGUUUAUAUGUAGUUUUUAAUAGGCCUAUAGGUUAAAUCGAUUAAUGUUUGGACAAUGUUUGAUGUUGAGAUCUAGUAACCCGGGUAACCCCUAUGCGAAAGGUAACUCAGGUGUUUGCUGUCAUUCGCUGAACAUUUUUUAUAAACGAUAAAUUGGUAUUGAUAAUACACUGGAACUGAGAUAUAUUUCCUUGUUGUAUUUUGUACACAUGAAUAAUUGUUUUAUAGGACUUUUAUUCAUUUACCUUAAACCAUAUAACAGUACAUACGUGUUUGGCGAUUGUGCCCGUCCAUGUAGCUCAAGUUUUGUAUUAUAAUGGUGAAAAUGAUUUACACGAUUGCCAUCAGUAAUAUUGCAAAAUAUUGAAACGAAAUAGUAAUCAGCCUACAGUAGAAGAUUUCUUACACGGUACCACAUUCUCCGAUUUUCGAAAUAUGUCCGUUAAAUGCAAUUAUCAAAUAAAAUAUAAAUCAUACUAACGCUUGUUCAUGUAAACAUAGGGCACAGCUCCACCACGGAAGUGUCGACAGCUCUUUUUCUUUGCGCCACCGUAAAGUGGUGGAGCUGGCGUUUAGAGGCCAUGCAUAAUAUCUGGAAUUCCAACGUGAACCAAAAUUACCACUAUGAAUGUCAUAACAAAUAUGUUAUGAGUGCUUGUUUUAUUUUUUUUAUAAAAAUACAAAUGAUUGAAAUAAAAAACGUGUUAUGA